GGCUAAAGCCAAACAAAAAGGAUGACAAAGACUGGGAGCUGGCCUCCAUUAUAACACUGACAGCCAAGGCAGAGCAGGAUGAUGGCUGCCAGUGUCAGCCUCCCCUUUGCGCAGCAACCCUUCCCUCCAAAAUCUGGACACGCGGGCACGCGCGCGCGCGCGCACACACCAGCUGACCAGCAGAACUGACACUGCAUGCCAUCUCUCGCCACGCCUUGCCGCGUCCUGUCCUACUCUCACACGCUGCACAGGACAACCACAGCCAAGCUCUCGCCUUCUUGCUCGUAGGCGCGCGGCGACAUGACUGCAAGAAUCGAGAAGCAGAGGUAGAUAAGGAUCAAGAAGGCAGGGUUGGAGGAUCGGAGCAAGCCCGCCGGGAGGGAGGUGACGAUGGUGGGGCGGGGGAAGGAGGAGGAGGAUGAGGAGGAGGAGGCGGCGGCGAGGUGGGAGGGGGAGAAGGAGGCGGAGAUCGACUACGUAUUCAAGGUGGUGGUGGUGGGCGACUCGGCGGUGGGGAAGACGCAGCUGCUGGCGCGGUUCACGCGGGACGAGUUCGCGCUCGACUCCAAGUCCACCAUCGGGGUCGAGUUCCAGACGCGCACGCUCACGCUCCACCGGAAGCGGGUCAAGGCGCAGAUCUGGGACACCGCCGGCCAAGAGAGGUACAGGGCGGUGACGAGCGCGUACUACCGCGGCGCGCUGGGCGCCAUGGUGGUGUACGACGUCUCCCGCCGCGCGACGUUCGAGCACGUGGCGCGGUGGGUGGAGGAGCUCCGCGCGCACGCGGACGGCUCCACCGUCGUGGCGCUCAUCGGGAACAAGGCCGACAUGCCGGCGGCCCGGCGCGAGGUGGCCGCCGACGAGGGCGCGCGCCUCGCGGAGGAGCAGGGCCUCUUUUUCUCCGAGGCGUCCGCGCUCACGGGCGACAACGUGGAGCGCGCCUUCCUCACGCUCCUCGAGGAGAUCUUCGCCGUCGUGUCGCGCAGGGCGCUCGAGCUCGACGAGGCCCGGCGGAUGCGCGGCGAACAAGACAAUGGCGACGGCGGCGAGGUGCUGUCGCUGAAGGGGACAAGAGUGGACGUGGGCUCCAUCAUGGAGACCAGCGCCAUGAAGAGGAGCUCGCAGUGCUCCUGCUCGUGACUGACAUCACGAGAGUUGUUGGUUCUUCAUGUUGUUUUCAGAUGCACUGAUAUUCUAAAAACAUUUUGAAGAAGUUCACAUUCACAAAUUACAGAUAACACUCUUGAUGGUUUAGUUAUGUGACGAAUGUAAAGCAUGGUACGUAUAAAACGUUCUUCAUUUUUUGAUUGUA